AUGAACAAACCAGUCAUACUAACUCUUCUAUUUGCUAGACAAAGUAGAAGACUUAGAAUGAAGGAGAAGAGAGAUGCCCAAUGCACUGAAUCAGAUCAUUCUCGAAACUUGGUAGAUAAAACUGAUGUAAGUGAUGCAAGGAAGAAAAGAAGGCUGAUAUUGCAAAAUAAGAAAUCAUCAUGUGGUCAUCCUACCAGUGCCCCAUCCCCAAGUAUAGUCUCCCCAGUUUCUAUUCCAAAUGUAGAAGAUAGAGCUCAUUCAAUUGAUGCUCGCAAGAAAAGAAGGCUUAUAUUAGAGAAUAGAAAGUUUUCUGUCAUACAACCUGAAACACAGUAUUCCCAAGUGCCACUGUCUAACUCCGAGGAUGAAUGCAGCUCAUCCAAUACUUCAGACUCUGAAGAUGAUAUGGAACAAGCACCGUUAGCAGAUUCAAAUUUACAAGAAUAUUCUGAUAUAGGGGAUCAAAUAUGGGAAUGUACAUAUUUCCAUGCACACAUGUGGCUUCAAGAACGUGCCAGUAAAACCAAAAAGGGACAUGUUCCCACAUUCCAUUGCUGUUGUCGCGGUGGUAAAAUUGUUGUACCUUUACUUGAAGAGGCACCCCCACUGUUGAGACAUCUGCUGUUUAACAAAACAUCUACCGAGAGCAAAAAUUAUCGAAAUAAUAUUCGAACAUACAACUCAAUGUUUUCGUUUACUUCUCCUGGAAUGAAAUUUGACACCACAUAUUCAAAGAAAGGAGGACCACCAACUUUGAGACUGCACGGUCAAACCUGUCAUCGAAUAGGUACUCUACUACCAGAAAAUGGAGACCGUCCGCAAUAUGCUCAGCUAUAUAUUUAUGACACAGAUAAUGAAGUUACUAAUAGAAUGAAGUGUUUCAGAGACAAUACUGAAAUUGAUGAGAACACUGUUCAUAAUUUGAAGAUCAUGUUAGAUGAGUUCAAUAUUCAUGCAAAAGUCUUUAGAAUGGCGAGGGAUGUCCUGGAAGAUAAUGCAUUCUUAGACUUAAAACUGAGGGUUAUAUGUGAUAGACCUGAGGAUGGACGCGUGUAUAACAGACCAACGGUUUCAGAAGUUGCUGCACUAAUUGUGGGAGACAUUGAUUCUGCGCUUAAUAGGGACAUUAUUAUUCAAGCACGCAACGGUGGUUUGCAACGUAUUGAUGAGUUUCAUCCAGCAUAUUUGGCAUAUCAAUACCCUCUGAUAUUUGCGUAUGGUGAAGAUGGUUAUAGGAAAAAUAUAUUGCAUAGAUAUCGCCAUGAAACUGAGGUGACCCGACAAAAUCGUCAGAGCAUCAAGGACUGGCUUUCAUACAGGUUACAAGACCGUAGCGAGGAGGCAAAAACUUUGCUACACUCACGGCGUCUAUUUCAACAGUUCUUGGUCGAUGGUUAUUGUAUGAUGGAAUCUGAAAGGCUGAACUGGUUGCGAAAUAAUCAAUCAAAAUUAAGAGUGGGAAAAUAUAAAAGGUUGACAGAUGAAUGCAAUAACGAUGAUGGCAGACAACAACAAAAGCGGGGAAAGCGAGUUGUCUUGCCUUCAUCUUUUGUUGGGGGAAAAAGAUAUAUGGAUCAACUGUAUUUUGACGGAAUGGAAAUUUCAAGUAGAUUGGGUUUUCCAGACCUAUUCAUUACAUUUACUUGCAAUCCAACAUGGCCAAAAAUUAUCCGUGCCUUGUCCGAAACUGGGUUACAACCACACGAUCGACCCGAUAUUAUUACUAAAGUCUUCAAAAUCAAAUUUGACGAACUCAUUGCAGAUAUAACAAAAAAGCAUGUUCUAGGGAAAGUUUUGGCCUUUAUGUACACUAUUGAAUUUCAGAAGAGGGGAUUGCCACACGCACAUAUUUUGAUUUUCUUACAUCCUCAGAGCAAAUACCCCACACCAUCUGACAUUGACAACAUCAUCUGUGCUGAAAUACCAGACCCUGCUGUUCACCCGAGGUUGUAUGCGUUGGUUAAAUCUAACAUGAUGCACGGCCCAUGUGGAGUGGCGCGCACGACAUCAACCUGUAUGAAAAAUGGUAAAUGCUCUAAAUACUUCCCAAAGAAGUUUAACGAGGAAACUAUUGUUGAUGCAGAAGGUUAUCCCCUCUAUAGGAGAAGAUCAAAAACCCACGUUAUUGAAAAAAAUGGUAUCGCAUUGGACAACCGUCAUGUGGUACCUUAUAACAAAAGAUUUCUCCUCAAAUAUAACGCACAUAUAAACAUGGAAUGGUGUAACCAGAGCACUUCAAUCAAAUAUCUUUUCAAAUACAUUAGCAAAGGCUAUGACAGAAUAACAGCUUCGGUGUCAACCAACAACAAUGAACCGGUUGAUGAAAUAAAACAAUACUUAGAUUGCAGAUAUAUCUCACCAUGUGAAGCAUGCUGGAGAAUUUACUCCUUUCACAUUCAUGGUAGAAGACCGGCAGUUGAACGUAUGUUUUAUCACUUGGUAGGCGAAAAGGCUGUUUACUACACUGAUCACGAUCGAAUGGAAAAUGUUUUGGAGAAUGCAAGUGUUACUGAUUCCAUGUUUACUGGUUGGCUAUCUGCCAACUCAAAGUAUACUGAGGCACAGUCACUCACUUAUGGUCAAUUUGUGUCUAAGUUUGUUUACCACAAAAAAGAAAGGGAGUGGAGGCCCCGCAAAAAGGGAUUCACCAUUGGGAGAUUGAUAUGGGUUCCACCAACAACAGGUGAACUUUUUUACCUGCGGAUGAUAUUGACGAUAGUCAAGGGACCAAAAAGUUAUGAAGAAAUUCGCAAGGUCGGUAAUACCCAGUAUGAAACAUUUAGAGAUGCAUGCUUUGCCAUGGGAUUUCUGGAAGAUGACAAAGAAUAUAUUGGUGCACUCAAAGAGGCCAGUGAGUGGGGCUCUGGACAUUUUGUCCGAAAACUAUUCGUGGUGAUGCUAUUGUCAGGUGCUGUUAAUCGCCCAGCACACGUUUGGAAGGAAUCAUGGCAGCUGUUAUCUGAUGGUGUCCUACAUGCUCAAAGGCAAUUGGCUUUAAAUACAGAAUUGGUUCUCACAGAUGCCGAAUUGCAACAUUUGACCCUGAUUGAAAUAGAAAAGCUGCUUCAAGAAAAUAAAAGGACACUAAAAGAUUUCAAACCAAUCCCUUAUCCAGAUGGAUAUGUUCUGCAACAAUUAGGUAAUAGACUGAUAUAUGACGAACGCAAUUAUAACAUUGCCAAAACAAAGACAGAAUUCACAAAUCUCUUUCGUGGACUUACAGUUAUGCUAUUGAAGAAAACCAAUUUUGUGAAAGACCUUACUGAUAACCUUGACCCAGAUGAACAGACAGCCAUGUAUCAAAAAAUUAUGCGCGCAGUUGAGUCUCAGAAUGGUGCAGUCUUCUUCCUACAUGGUUACGGUGGAACCGGUAAGACAUACAUGUGGAGAACACUGGCAGCAACAUUAAGGUCGAAGCAUGAUAUAUGUCUGACAGUCGCAACCAGUGGUAUAGCGUCAUUAUUGUUGCCAGGAGGUCGAACUGCACAUUCAAAAUUUAAGAUACCAGUGCCAACGCUCGAUAAUUCUACUUGCAAAAUUGAGUACAAUGAUGAUGUGGGAGACCUUCUUAGACAAACUAAACUAAUUAUUUGGGAUGAGGCUCCAAUGGCACACAAGCAUACUUUUGAAGCACUUGAUAGAACGCUCAGAGACCUAAUGUCUAAAUACGGUAACUCCAAGGAGAUGUUUGGUGGAAAAGUUGUUGUGUUUGGAGGUGAUUUCAGGCAGAUUUUACCUGUUGUCCCUCGAGGAAGCCGUUCGGAUAUUGUACAUUCUGCCAUAAAUGCGUCUUACAUAUGGAAUUCUGUUCAAGUGUUAACAUUAACCAAAAACAUGCGCCUCCAAUCCGGUCCGACCGAAGAUGAUAAAAAUGAAAUGCAACAAUUUUCUGAAUGGUUGUUAAGAAUUGGCGAAGGAAAAGUAUCUGAGCCCAAUGACGGUGUGACAGAUUUUGAAAUUCCACCUGACCUGUUGAUAACACAGUUCGAAGACCCAAUUGUCGCCAUUGUUGAUGCUACAUAUCCUGACUUAAUUCACAAUUUUCAUUCAAUCCAAUACCUUAAGGGAGACAUGCGGGAUUACUACAGCUCCAAUACUGUUGAUAAGUCCGAAAUCAAUGACGACACAGUGGUAAAUAUCCUAACUCCAGAAUUUCUCAGUUCCCUCCGUACAUCUGGUUUGCCUACCCAUCAUUUAAAUUUAAAGGUUGGAACACCAAUUAUGCUCAUGAGGAAUAUUGAUCAGUCAGAAGGACUAUGUAAUGGAACAAGGUUGAUAGUAACAAAAUUGGGGACACAUGUUAUUGAAGCUUCGAUAAUAGCUGGAAAGAACUGUGGCAAUCGGGUGUACAUCCCACGAAUGGAUAUGUCACCUUCCCAAUCACCAUGGUCGUUCAAGCUCAACAGAAGACAGUUCCCCAUUAUAGUGUCAUAUGCCAUGACAAUUAACAAAUCCCAAGGACAGUCUUUGGAUACUGUUGGUCUAUACCUACCAAGGGAUGUUUUUACACAUGGACAAAUAUAUGUUGCACUAUCAAGAGUGACAACCAAACAAGGAAUCAAGAUAUUAAUACAUGAUCAACAUGCAAAAGUUAAAACAACAACUACAAAUGUAGUUUACAAGGAGAUCUUUGACAAUAUAUAA